GCAAUGUAAUUAUUUAGACAUAGGUAGUAUAUUACUGUGAGAUUAUACAACAUGUAUUUAUAUAAUAAAAUAUACACUAUUUUGAUAAAACUACGGUAUAUAUUAAUCAAAAUAUCAUAAUAAUAAAUGAGAUUUUGAUGAAAAUUGACGCAACAUAAAAAUGAAUUUCAAAAUUGAAAAUGCAAGCAACAUAAAAACAAUAUAGUGAGAUUUGAAUAAUCAUAAUAUAUUUUUUGUUAAAAUAAUUAUAUUUGGCUGAAAGACUUAUAUUUUGUCAUUUUAUAUAUUUAAAAAAUAUUUAAAAAAAAGUAAGUGCCAAAAAAUGUUGAUUUGACGUGACGGACAUUGGACAUGUUAUUUUACUGUCAUGCAGUGUGAAACAUAAAUAAAGCAUUAGUUUUUCCAAAAAUCAUGACUUAAUAUCGAGGCCUAAACUGUUAAUAUGUUAAAUUAUCAUUAAAAAUAUAGCCAUCAAUGACAUACUAGUUUUAAUUAAUGACAUUAUGGAUGGUUUAAUUCACGCGGCAUUGGAAGCUGAGUCAAUUCUUAAUCGAGCCAAACAUGUGAAUACCAACUCGUCACAAUUUGAUGGUGGAGUUGCAGACCAUAAAAUGACUUGGACCCAUGAUAAAAUGCAUUUGGCAGAGUCUGUUGAUGAAUCCAGAAUGAAGAUCCAGAGAAAUUCUGUAGGUUCAGGAACAUCAAAAGCGGAAAAAUUUGAUUUGUUCAAAAAACUGCAUGAACUUUAUAAUGAACUGAGUAGAGAUGAAUCUUCUCAAACAACUCAUCAAGGACUGAAGACAACAUCCUACUUAUUAGAAAAGCUGUUGGCAACAUAUAAUCUCAACACAUUAAUAAUUAAUUUAUAUCCAGGCAAUAAAGGAUAUUCUUUAUCAUUAAAAGUCAAUGGUAAUAUGCAAUACCUCCAUCCACCAGAUGCUAAUACAUCAGCUAGUCAAGAUGAAACUUUAAUUGAAACUCCAAGAUGGCCAUAUGAAGAAGAAGAACUCUUGAGUUACAUAGAUAAUGAGGAAUUGCCAGUAGUUCUACUUGAUUUGCUGGAAUCUGAACAUUCAAGCCUCUUCUACUCAGGUUGCAUAAUAGCACAAAUAAGAGACUAUAGACAGGCCUAUCCUAGUUUCUUAUGUGAUACUCAUCACGUUCUGCUUAAACCUACUAAUCAGGUAAUUUAUGAUCAAUUUAUUAUUUAGUUUGGUGGUUCAUUAAUUCCCCUUUGCAGUGGCAAUUCUGUUGGCCCACUUUCUAAACCAAACUAAAAAUAGUAAAUUGCAAGGGGCUAAUAUGUCAUAUUAUACAAUGUAGUUUUAAGAUUUAGUAUAAUAACUGAUGCUAUGUGCAUCGGUGGCCGGUGCGGCUGGGCUGGAGAAGAACGUGGCGCUCUAGAAGCUGUAGAGGCAGCUUUAGUUCAUGCUGCUGCGCCUCCUUUGUGCCUUGAUCCGCGUCCGGCUGUUGGGUUGCUAGCGGCCAGGUUGCAUGCUGCUCCUCGACUUUUCAACACUCCCCGAAUCCGGCGGCAGGCAAAAAAGUUCUCACAGGUUGCUGUAAAUAGAAAAAGAAAAUUGGAUCAAUUUACUCAUUAUCAUGGAUUAGAAUUGCUCGAUUUGAUACAUAGGCAAAGAGCAAAAAACAGUCGGCAGUCAGUACCGCAUACUCGCCUUACGUCAAAGUAUCCCAAGAAACCUCCAGAAGUGUUUAAAACCAUCGACCCUCCAAAAAUGGAUCCACUAUUGCUGGCAACACCAACAGAGUUGACGGGAUCAAUACGUCUUGCUCGAGCGUAUGAGCGUCCACGCCCUACCCCGGAUUGCCAACCACAAUUAGUUGAGGAAUAUAUUCUGGAGACUGAAAAGACGUCACCACAUGCUGGAGCUGGAUUUUUCCAUAUAAAACUUUCCAUAUUACAAAGACCGUCAGAUCAAGAGUUCCUAGGAGAGUUAUAUGUAGAUAGAGAUCAUGUUGAAGGCGAAAGAAAUGGUGCUGCAUGUAGAUUUACAUUAGGAUCGCGAGUGCAGGCUAAUAAAUAUAUACAACAAUUCACGGAGAUAUUCACUGAAGAAGGACGAAAGUCUGUUAGGAUUAAGCACAUCGUACCGGGCCAACUACCCAGGGUUUCGUUUACAGGCGGUAUGCGUGAACUGGGACAACAACUUUUGCUGCAACAGCGAUCUGCUGGUGCUAGCAAUUCAACUGUGCAAACACAUGCAACUACAGUGCCCAUUGUAACAUCUGCUAUAGCAGCCACUCCAAACACUCAUACAAAUGCGCGGCAACUACCAAUACUGCAGGCACAGUUACAACAAGUAGGGAGCAUAGGUGGAGUCGCUACAGUGGGUAGUGUCGUGGGCAGUGUGGGCGCUGUCAAUAGCGUCGCUAGCGUGGGCAGCGUGGGUAGCGUCGGCAGCGUGGGAAGUGUUUGCAGCGUUCACGACAUUCAUUCGACGCAGGCGUCGACCAACCAGUUAUUAGCUCAGCAGCUAACUAAUCCGCCUCAACCGCUCAACCCACAGAAGAUGCAAUCAGCCAUCAUACAUAUACAACACCCUCUCAUAUCCACUGCAGGGACCUCACAGGUUCAAAACAUACAAUAUACAACAACAACAACAACACAACAAAAAGCUACCAUUACCAAGCCUAGGACAACAAACCCGGCCAUUAGCGCUCUCGUCACUAGCCUUAUGAACUCCGCACAACAGUUUCAACAGGGUAUAGCGAACCAAAAUGCUGUUAAAACAGUUGUAACGACUGCGAGCAACAACGCGACCAUAUUGAAUUUAUUAAAUAGUGCCCCCGCCGCCAUGACGCAUGGCGUAGGCGUCCAGGUAAUGAGCGGAUAUACUCGCGAGAACGAACCCACCAACGUGACUAGCAGUGAAAGCGCAUUGCUAGAACGGUUAAUUGGCCCUGCGGAGCCGGCAGCCGCGCCGGCUUCUCAAACACAGCCUGUUUGUCACUUACAGGGCUUAAGUUUAGCAUCCCUCCAAGGCCUUCAAGGUAUCCAAGGCCUUCAAAAUGUCCAAGUACAGAUCCCUGGGUUCUCUGCACCGAUUUCGCUUUCUCUAAACGUGUCAGGAGCGCCCAGCGGGUUACUAGUGUCAGUCCCUCCCACCACAUCUGUCGUCCUCACCAAUCAACCUUCGGUGUUAUCUUUACCAAUAGCAACGGCACAGUUCAUCACACAAGCGCAGGCGCAAGCGUUGAAUGCUCAACAGGUGAGACGGAAAUCUAACACGGACAGUUCAUAG